AUGGCUUCGCAGGUCCCUACCCAGGCUAACAUCCAGUCUACCCACCCCUUCACUUGUAACACAUGCCAAGUCGCAUUUCGAUCGAGCGAGUUGCAGCGGGCGCAUAUGCAAACCGACUGGCAUCGCUACAACCUCAAGCGUCGCGUUGCCUCCCUCCCGCCCUUGUCCUCCGAGAUCUUCACCGAGAAGGUUCUCGCCAACAAAGCCACCGCUGCCGCGACUGCCGCAAAGGCCUCGUUUGAGAAGGUUUGCUCGCCAUGCCAAAAGACGUACUUUAGCGAGAAUGCCUACAACAACCACUUGAACAGCCAGAAGCAUCGCAUGAACAUGGCCAAGUCGGGCAAGGGCGCACAACUGGAUGAUGCCGCCUCAGUGACUGGUUCUAUGGUUAGCUCUGCCUUUUCGCUAGGAGAGUCGAUGGCUGAGUCGGAAACGACCACCGUGAAUGGAGACGCCGACAAGGAUCUGUCUACUGUCGUAGAUGGCAUGAAGAACACCAGCAUAGAGGAAGACACACCAGCAUCUCAGUCUGCUACCGCCGAUGAUGACAAGAGCUCGGUAGCUACAUCCAACAAGCCCGCCAGCGAUCCCCUCCUAGAUUGCUUGUUUUGCAACUACAAAUCCCCCAACUUCCAGCUCAACAUCGCCCAUAUGGGACGCUUCCAUGGCAUGUUCAUACCAGAAAAGGAAUUCCUUGCGCAACCCGAGGAGCUCAUCAAGUACCUACACGAAAAGGUUCAUGUCCGCAACGAGUGCUUGAAGUGCCACAAGAUGCUACAUACUGCCUCGGGUAUCCAAACCCACAUGCGGGAUCGCGGUCACUGCAUGAUUGCCUUCGACUCCGAUAUUGAACUUGUUGAGAUUGGCGAAUUCUACGACUUCCGGAGUUCAUACCCCGACGCCGCCGAUUUCAACGACAUGGAAGAAGAGGCCGAAGACUCAGACGAUUCAUCAUCAACAACAGGAGGCGGUGUCAAGCUUGGGGCCAGGCGUGAGACCAAGAUUACCAUAGAAGAUGACGCAGCCAUGUCUAGCAACGCAGAGGAAGACGCAGGUUGGGAGACUGACAGCACUGUCUCAAGCGUACCUACCGACGAAAUCACCGCCGUGCCCAUCGACCGCACACAUCGACACAAGUCGCUCAGCAAGUCAAAGCACCACAACCAUGCAGAUCCCCGUCCCCAUCGCGCUGCCGACGGCUUCCACUCACACGCACACCACACACCUCAAGCCGUCUACUACGACGAGUACGAACUACAUCUCCCAUCCGGCCGCACCGCCGGCCACCGCUCACUUAACAAGUACUACCGCCAAAACCUGCGCAAUUACCCCGGCGUCGCCGAGCGCAUGGAGGAAGCCCAACGCCUCGCCAUACCCGGCGCCAUCACCGCUGGCGACGAAGAAGAUGAGGACGAGGACGGUGACACCCCCAUGGACGGUGAGCAAACAGACGGCCGACAACUACAAGUCCGCGGACGCCGCGACCGCAAGCAGCAGCUCAUGUCCCGUGCAAACGGCGGCACAGGCAUGCUCGGCGUCACCGACUCUAAAAAGAAGGAAAUCGCCGCCGUCGAGAAGCGCGACCGCCAAAAGGAGCAGCGCGCUCGCACCAGAUACCAGGCUGGCAACGAAAAACGUCACAACUUCCAAAAACACUUCCGCGAUCCUCUUCUGCAGUAG